UAUUUAUAUUUAAAAUUUUAUAUUUUAAUAUAAUAUUUAUUUAUUAAUAUUGUUUUAAUAUCAAUAUAUAUGUGCUAGUUAUUUAUAAAAUUUUGAUGAAUUCAAAUUAACUAUGACAAAUAUAGGACCAUAACAUAAAAUAUUAAUAGUUUUGAAGUUAAGUUUGAUGUUUUGCUUUUGGAGUAAAUCACUUUUGAACUUCAAAUAUAGAGUUUUCAAAACUUCAAAAUAAAGUGUCUUUCGGAGAUGGUUAUAGUAGACGGAUGUUGAUAAGUUUUUCUUUUACGUUCGUUUGGAUAAAUAUCGUGUACUAAAGAUCUUUUUUAAUAAGAGCAUGCUUUUUAGUUGAUUAAUAAAACAAGAAUGUAUCUUAACGCUACUAAGAAAACAAGAUGGUGGGAAACAAGAAAAGAAAAUGUUAUACACAUUAAAAUAGAAGAUUAACGACUACGCAAAAAAUGGGAAACGAAAAGUCUAAGCAAAGGUUUGAUUGAACCAAUAAAAUCCAUCUGAACAAAUGGACGUAGUAGAGAGAGUCCGUACAUAACGCUCUUGAAAGUUUCUUAUUCCACACCGUUUUUUAAGUCUCAAAUAAAAUUUAUCUCAAGUGAAUGAAAAUAGUAAAUAUGGUUUUGGGGACUUCACUUUCUCUAACGUAAUGCCCCUUCAUCAAUUGAUUUCCUCUUUGUAUAUUUAAUUUCAUCGUAGUUCUAAGUAAGAAGAAUAGGAAGAGUUUUUAUUCCUCUCCAGGAGAUUUGAAUUUGAUGAGAGAUGGGAACAAUCAGCACAAUAUUGGGUACGUUUGGUUUCGGAUUCGGGACGACGGUCGGGAUCGUUAUCGGUUACUACUUAUUCAUCUAUCACCAGUCUACUGAUGUUCAGGAUCCUGAGAUAAAGCCAUUGGUGGAGUUAGAUUCAGAGACUAUAGCAACAAUGUUUCCUGAGAUACCUUUGUGGGUGAAAAAUCCAGAUUUUGAUCGUAUUGAUUGGCUUAACAAGCUCAUUGGCCAUAUGUGGCCUUAUAUGAACAAAGCUAUUUGCAACAUGACCAAGUCUAUUGCAAAACCAAUUAUUGCUGAACAAAUUCCAAACUACAAAAUAGAUUCAGUUGAAUUUGAAAUGCUCACGUUGGGUUCAUUACCACCAACUUUCCAAGGAAUGAAAGUUUAUGCAACUGAUGACAAAGAAAUUAUCAUGGAGUUGUCAGUGAAAUGGGCAGGGAACCCUAAUAUCCUUCUUGCAGCCAAAGCAUUUGGGUUCAAAGCUACUGUCCAGGUGGUUGAUUUGCAAGCAUUUGCUACUCCAAGGAUUACUCUGAAGCCAUUGGUCCCAUCUUUCCCCUGUUGUGCUAACAUAUUUGUCUCCCUCAUGGAUAAGCCCCAAGUAGACUUUGGACUGAAGUUACUUGGUGCAGACGUAAUGGCCAUUCCCGGCCUAUACCGAUUUGUCCUGGAACUCAUUAAAGAUCAGGUUGCAAACAUGUACCUAUGGCCAAAGACUUUGACUGUACAGAUAAUGGAUCCUUCUAAAGCAAUGGAGAAACCUGUUGGGUUGCUUAAUGUGAAAGUCAUUAAGGCAAUAAAGCUUAAGAAGAAAGAUCUUCUCGGUGGGUCAGACCCUUAUGUGAAACUAACACUCUCUGGUGACAAAGUUCCUGGUAAGAAGACAGUUGUUAAGCACAGCAAUCUAAAUCCUGAGUGGAAUGAAGAGUUCGAUUUAGUUGUCAAAGAACCAGAGAGCCAAGAGCUGCAGCUCAUUGUUUAUGACUGGGAACAGGUUGGUAAACAUGAUAAGAUAGGAAUGAACGUGAUUCAACUUAAAGACCUUACUCCAGAGGAGCCAAAGCUCAUGACACUUGAGCUUUUAAAAUCCAUGGAACCAAACGAGCCAGUUAGCGAGAAAUCGCGUGGACAGCUUGUUGUUGAAGUGGAGUAUAAACCCUUUAAAGAAGAUGACAUUCCAGAAAACUUAGAUGAUCCAAAUGCAGUAGAGAAAGCACCAGAAGGCACACCUUCUGGUGGUGGGUUACUUGUGGUUAUUGUUCAUGAAGCUGAAGAUUUAGAAGGAAAAUAUCACACAAACCCUUCUGUUCGUUUGAUGUUCAAAGGAGAAGAGCGUAAAACAAAGCGUGUGAAGAAAAACAGAGAGCCACGAUGGGAUGAAGAUUUUCAAUUUCCAUUAGAUGAGCCUCCCAUAAACGAUAAGCUACACGUUGAAGUCAUCAGUACUACUUCACGAAUAGGUUUAAAUAUGCAUCCUAAGGAAACUCUUGGAUAUGUGGUGAUAAAUCUUGGUGAUGUUGUGAGUAAUAGGAGAAUCAACGAUAAGUAUCAUCUGAUUGAUUCCAAGAAUGGUCGGAUUCAAAUUGAGCUUCAGUGGAGAACUUCUUCUUGAUACCAAAGGUUUGUGUUUCGUUCUCCGAGGGCUGGCUGAUGACAGAACACUUUUUUGGUUUCGAGUUCCUUGCUCUGUACGUAACAUCUCUAGAUUUGUUAACCUAUGACUUAAUUUUAAGCGUAAUGGACCUCAUGGAAAUUGCUGGGGACAACUUUAUUUUUUUAUAUUAAUUAACAGACCCAAUAAGCAUUCUGAUUUA